GGGGGGCGGAGUGGGAACCAGCGCCGUCGAGUUGGGGGAACGCCGGCGGGUGGAUCCGACCACUCCCUGGGAGGCGGACGCAGGCGGACGGGCGGGUACUGGGAACCGAGCGGCAGGCAGUCCCCGCAGGUUUGUGAAGGAGGUCGGUGGCCGCAGCGGACGCCCGUCAGUUUUGAGAAAAAAAAUCACUUCUCACUGUAUUGGAUAGCAAAAAUUAAGUGACUUCCUCUUCUGCAAACCAUGGCACUGUCGUUCCGGAAGGACUUAGAAAAAUACAAGGACCUGGAUGAAGACGAACUCCUUGGGAAUCUGUCAGAAGUAGAACUGAAACAACUGGAAACUGUUCUGGAUGAUCUUGACCCUGAGAACGCCCUUCUGCCUGCAGGGUUCCGGCAGAAGAACCAGACAUCAAAGUCUGCCACAGGGCCAUUUGAUCGAGAACACCUCCUUUCAUAUCUGGAGAAGGAAGCUUUGGAGCAUAAGGACAGGGAAGACUAUGUGCCCUACACUGGAGAAAAAAAAGGGAAAAUAUUUAUCCCCAAACAGAAACCUGUACAGACUUUUACAGAAGAAAAAGUGUCUCUUGAUCCAGAACUAGAAGAAGCUUUGACGAGUGCUUCUGAUACAGAAUUGUGUGACCUCGCAGCUAUUCUUGGGAUGCACAAUUUGAUAACAAAUACACAGUUCUGCAACAUAGUGGGAAGUAGUAAUGGUGUCGACCAAGAACAUUUUUCAAAUGUGGUAAAAGGGGAAAAGAUUCUUCCAGUAUUCGAUGAGCCCCCAAAUCCAACCAAUGUUGAAGAAAGUUUAAAGAGGAUUAAAGAAAAUGAUGCUUAUCUUGUUGAAGUUAAUUUGAAUAAUAUAAAGAAUAUCCCAAUUCCAACCCUAAAAGAUUUUGCAAAGGCUUUGGAAACCAACACACAUGUGAAAUAUUUCAGUCUUGCAGCCACCCGAAGCAAUGACCCUGUUGCUAUUGCUUUUGCAGGUAUGCUAAGAGUGAACAAAAAUUUGAAGAGCUUAAAUAUGGAAUCCAACUUUAUUACAGGAGUUGGGAUUCUAGCACUGAUUGAUGCUUUGAAAGAGAACGAAACCCUGAUGGAGCUGAAAAUUGACAACCAGAGGCAGCAGCUGGGGACAGCUGUAGAAUUGGAAAUGGCCAACAUGCUUGAGGAAAAUACCAAUAUCCUUAAAUUUGGAUAUCAGUUUACUCAGCAAGGACCCCGAACCAGGGCAGCUAAUGCAAUAACAAAAAACAAUGACUUAGUUCGCAAGAGACGAGUUGAAGGAGACCACCAGUAAGUCUGCCAACCUGUCAUAGUUGGAAGACAUUGAAGGGUCAUCGAGGGUUCUUGUGAUAUCAGAUGUAAAAUUUUCCUGGGUAGAAGGGAAAAGACUGGAAAAAUUUUUUUUAAUUACAUGUAUCUUUUUUCUAGUUUAAGGUUGUUACCAGUUUCAAACUGCAAAAUCAAUAGUAGGUGAUAUUUUGUAUACUAAAGCAUUAUUUCUGCUAAAAUUGAUUUUAAUUUAGCUUAAUUAAAUGUUUUGUGAUGAGUUGGGUUAAAAAAAUACGGUUGUAAAAAAGUUUAGUAAGUCAUUUAUGUAGAAUAAUAUGAACAUUUUAAGGACCAAUAUUUUUUAAGUCAAAAAGGGACAUUGCUGAUGUCAGAACUGCUGUCGUACUUCUUAGGUACAAGGCACUUCAAAGCUUUCCUCAUUCCAUGGCAUGGAGACUUUUCCAUGUUUUCUAGAACACACACACUUCUUUCUUGCAAAAAGCAAAAUGCCAUCAUCUUAAAACAGAUGACUUAAAACUUGGUCAUCUGUCUUAGAGUCAAAGCAGGUUUCCAGGCAAGAGGAAGCGGUCUCCUGUGCCUCCCCAACACUGCACCUGUCUGAGGUGUCUCAGCACCUACAGUUUUUUUAAACAAAGUCAUCAUCUUGGCUAGGUUACACACUUGGUUUAAAAAGUAGCUAUGUCUAAAUUCAUUACAGGCUUUCAUUUUAAUAAUGUGGGAAUUAUUAAAUUUUUGUGAAAGUUCAUAGUAAAAAUAAAAUCUGAGAAGGAAAGCUAUUUUCUUCCCUGUAAAAGGCAUACAGCUAACUAACUCUGUUAUUUAAGGUUAAAAAAAAAAAAAGCUGUUGUUAAACACAUGAAAUCAGACUUAUUAAAUGGCGGAGAUUAAGUCUCAGGGGCAUGCAGAAUAGUCCUUUAAAUUGAUGGUUACUGUAAAGUAAAUCAGAAGCUGACCUGCGUAUAAAUUAAGAGUUUACACAAGAUAGUGAAAUGUUCCUGUAUGCAGUGCAGAGUUGUCUGGAUGGUAUACAAUCACCCCUUACUACAGAUUUUCCAACCAAUAAGGAAAAUGACUAUUCUUGAUAAAUCUAAUUUUUAUUAACUGUUUCCUUUCAUCUUUAACUUUUUGGUCCAUACUGUACAAAAGUAGUUUCUCAUAACAAGAUGUCUUCCUAUCACUCAGAGUAUUAAAGUGAGUGGUUGAACAGUGUGGCGUGGUGGGCAGGCCACUCCAGGUCCAGUAGUGUGACAGACGACGUGGACCUGUAUUCAUGCCAGGUUCCAGGGCAGUCCCGGGAGCAGGAGGUGGCAGAGGCCGUACAGCUACAGAGGACAGGGCACAAAGGAAUCUGAACAAUUCAGGCCUGCCUGUGUCACUUAACAGGGAGAUUUUUCUAAAGGGAGGAAUCUCUUUCCAGAAUAGGGGAGAGAUGUGUUCUUAAUUUUUUUUUUUUUUUUUUAAACUUCUUGAAACCAAAUUAUAAAAUGUCUGCUCCUUUGUCUUGGACUAGUCAGUUUGUCUCGAGCUGGAUGGCUCCCUGCAUGCUAUAGAAAUAAGCUGCCUUGACAGGUGAAAGCUUUCCUCAUAAGGACUGAGUGUGAGUUUCUUUGGAAUCAGUAUCCAGUGUUUGAAAGGGGCCAAAGAUUGACUUUGCACUGUUCCACUAUUCCCUUUUGGUUAUAGGGUGCUGGAGAUUUUUUUUUGUUUCAAGUUAGCAAGUCAGGCUCACUCUCACUGGCUCUCCCUCUCUCCUUUUUCAUAAAUGACUUUGGAAAUGUACUUGAUUUUUAGAGACUGCACAGUUCCAACAGGGUGGGGGGGUUGGCAUGGAGCAAGAGUACAGAGCCGCCAGAACACUUUUAGCAAGGCUUCCUUUUUUGCCCUGCCCUGUAAGUCAAUGAAUUGAUAAGUAUGUUACCCUGUCUUCGCAAAAGUCUUUUUUUUUUUUUUAAAAUAUAGGUAGGUAGGGCCCCACCUAGAAUUCUGUAUUACACUUAUGAGUAAUAUCUUUUCAUUUAUUAUUUAUCAAAGUAUGAAGAAGUUGAGGGUUUUGCUUGUACCAUUCCAGUUCUGAGCUACAGUUCAUUAUAUAAUGGAAGAAAAGAUUUGUUAAUAACUAACUAAAGGUGAGCAUUCAUCUAUCUGAAUACAGAAAAUCCUUCACAAAUUGUAACACAAGGGAGAAAACGGAUGUUUACUUUGAUCUUUAAAAAUCUGGCACCUCGCAAAAAAACAAAAUCUGGCACUUCUUAUCCUUUUAGUAACUUUCAAUAUUUCUGUAUUAUGCUAAAAUUUUAUAAUAGAAUUGUGAAAUAGUCUUGAUUUUUAAACCAAAGAUCUUCUAAGACAUAUAAGUUUUUGUAGUGUAACCAGUAUAGAUUUACCUCGUUAUCCAAGCAAAGACUGUUCUUUGCGUUUUUAAAUGGCUGUUUUUUUAAAAAGCUUUUAAUUUCGCAUUUUAUAAAAUUUUAUAUUCAUAUUUGUCAGAAGUUCUAAUUUUUCCAGUUUGUCUACAUGAGAUUAUAUGUAUUAAAAUCAAUAUGAAUGAUAUUAUUAAAAUGGAUUUUGGUGCUAUAUACUUGUAGCUAAAGCCUAGUAGCAGUCUAAAGAAUAGGUGGAAUACAUUCUCUAAGGGUGCCUGUCAUUUAAAAGACCAAAUAAACAUUUUGUGUUUAAAAAAAUUAGACUGUUAGAAAUUCUAAGGAGAAUUACCUUGAUCGUUAAAUUGCAGAUUCUCAUGAUUUGAAUGAAAUAACCCACAUACUUGCUUUGUGCAGUAGGUACUGCCUCAAAAAGUUAACAGGUAUAGAGCUUUGUAAAUUCUUUUUUCCAUUUACAGUAUCUGAUGUUUUUUCAUUUAAAAGGGGGAAUCCAUGGUAUAAAGAAAAUUAUAAAAGAAAACAUGUUUUGAUAAAAAGUUA